GACUAGUCAUGUGACACACUGACUGGUAAUCGUUCAGGAUUUUAGUUUUUUUGUUUUGUAGGAUCAUGUAGACAUCUUCUGAAAAAUGCGAACUGUUAAUACAAAAAAUUAAUCGGGCAGUAGACGGAUAUUUAUAAUUACAUUAAUAAAAAGCCAUGCCAUACUUUCUCCCGUAACCACCCAUUUGUUUGGAAGUUAGUAUCAGGUGAUCGAUUUGCAAGGUUUCACGGACUGACAGACCGGCAACUCUCGCAGAGCACAAACAUGGCGUUAAAGGAGGAGAGCAAACGGCUACUUGCCGAAGAUGACGAGUCCGAACCUUCCCUUUCAAACAGUCACAGCCGCUAUGAUAGCGAUUCGGAGAGGCAAAUGUCGGCCUGCUGCGACCCCAGCCACUUAUUGCACAGAAUCAUCGUUCUGAUUUUUAUGUGCUUCUUAGGCUUUGGUAGCUACUUUUGCUAUGACAAUCCAGCAGCCCUCCAGACUCAGAUUUUGCAGGAUAUGCAUGCCACUACUUCCUCCUUCAUGCAGCUUUAUGCACUUUACUCCUGGCCUAAUGUUGUGCUUUGCUUUCUUGGUGGCUUUCUGCUUGAUCGAGUUUUCGGUAUACGGUUGGGUACUGUGAUUUUCAGUCUUUUUGUCUGCAUUGGACAGGUAAUAUUUGCUUCUGGUGCAUUAUUUAACGCCUACUGGCUGAUGGAACUUGGAAGAUUUGUGUUUGGGAUUGGUGGCGAAUCUCUUGCUGUUGCUCAAAACACAUAUGCUGUUAGCUGGUUCAAAGGAAAAGAACUUAAUCUGGUGUUUGGGCUCCAACUCAGUAUGGCCAGGUUGGGCAGUACAGUGAACAUGAAUAUUAUGGGUUGGGUUUACUCAAGAAUAGAAUCAACACUGGGACACUCUGGUUACACAGCUCUUGGCAUUACACUUAUGAUCGGUUCUGCCACUUGUGUGUUUUCUUUAAUAUGUGCUUUGGUUCUUGGUUACCUGGACAAAAGAGCUGAGAAGAUUUUAAAUAAAGAGCAAGGGAAAACUGGUGAAGUGAUAAAGCUGACAGAUGUUAAAGAUUUUUCUUUAUCCCUUUGGCUUAUAUUCAUUGUCUGUGUUGGGUAUUAUGUGGCAAUUUUUCCAUUCAUCGGUCUUGGCCAGGUUUUUUUCAUUGAAAAAUUCAACUUUUCCCCAGCUCAGGCACGUGCAAUUAACAGCAUUGUGUACAUAAUUUCUGCUCCAGCAUCACCUGUUCUUGGAUUUAUGGUGGAUAAAACUGGAAAAAAUGUGAUCUGGGUGUUAUGUGCUGUUGUUACAACUCUAGCUGCUCAUGUGAUGCUGGCUUUUACUUUCUGGAAUCCGUGGAUUGCAAUGAGUUUGCUGGGAAUUUCUUACUCACUUCUUGCUUGUGCAUUGUGGCCAAUGGUGGCUUUUGUAGUUCCAGAGCAUCAGCUGGGAACCGCAUAUGGUUUUAUGCAGUCUAUCCAGAAUCUGGGACUUGCUGUCAUCUCUAUAGCUGCUGGCUCAAUAUUGGAUAACCGUGGUUAUUUAUUCCUUGAAGUUUUCUUCACCUCUUGUGUUUGUUUGGCGUUAAUUGCUGUGGUAAUGUUGUAUUUUGUAGAUCUUCUGAAAGGAGGUGAACUUAACUUGUCAGCCAAACAAAGACAAAAACUCCAGAAAAGUUCUGAAGCUGAAGAUGAGAAAAGACAGCGUCUCCUGCAACAAAGAGCUGAAGAGCUGGCAAGGCUGAGGCCAAUGUCCGCAUUUGGUUUAAGAAAUCGCUACCUUUCCAGGCUAGGAGCUCAGCUACCAGAUCACUACUGCACUCAUCUAUCUGCUCUUGCCCAUAGAAGUGUCCUAAAAUAAAAUGAAUUCAGGAGAUUGGAUGAGGUAGCAACAAAAAGCAGUGUAACCUGUAAUGCUGAGAGUGCAUCCUUCCUUCAAUGUCAGUGUGUUUUGUACACGGGUGUGUAUAGUCAUUACUGAAAAGUAGAAAUGGUUUUAACAAAACUGUGCAAUAAAAAAAUUUAAUUUCAGAAUAAUUUUGUGAAAAAUAUCAAGGAAAUUUAAAGCGCAAAUUAUGAGGAACAUUUUAAUUUAAAUUUGAGGAUAAAAAGUUUUCCUUACAACAGUUAAGAUUUCACUCUUAAUACAUAUAUCCAACGAUGUUAUAAAAUAUUUAGAAAACACUGUAAUACUGCAUUAGUUAAUGUUUUAUUGUGUUAAAUAACAUUUUUGGUGAAUAUAAAAACCCUUAGUGCUGUACCUCAGUUUUUAGUACAAGAAAGUUAGAGUGUGCUUGGUAAGUUAUGAUUUUUAGGAUGGUUACAUGAUGAUAUAAUGAAAAAGCAAUAAUGAAUUAUGGCAGUAAUUGUCAGUUAUUACAUUUUCAGGAAAACAUUUCAGAAAGUAAACAAUGAAGUCAGGGCUACAUAAUAUGCAUUGUUUACUAUAGAGUAUUGAUUGUUUGCACAGUGUCCCUUAUAAAUACAAGGGAAACCAACUCAUUGUUUACAUUUUGUACUUUUUGCAUAUAUUUAAUACAGAUCCAGAAUAUUGUAAAGUUUUUUCUUAAACUAUAAAAGUUGUUUGGAUAUUUUGCAUGCAUCCACCUUUCUUUAUUUUUUGUUUGUUUUUUUUUUGCAGAAUACCUUUAAUGGUUCAUUUGAAAGAAUAUUUUGUGUUUUUGCUUGAAUUUAUCUAUGUGGAAAGUUGCUAAAUUGUUAUACUCAAUUAUUUGAAGAUAUCAAUGUAUGGUUUUGUAUGAGGAAACUUUUUCACAUUCACAUAUAAUAACUCAAUAAAAUGUGUAACUCUGUAAUGGGGAAAAAAGUGUA